AGGUAACACCUCCUAGCUAGGCCAAACAUGUACAAUAGAAUAAUAAUUAUAACCAAAACCAAACAUAAUUAAAUUCUCAUAAAGCAUAUAUGUUUCAUUCCUUGUUAAAAAAUGCCUACCAAACAGGUAAGUUACCGAAAUGAUAAGGAAGUGUUAGUGAAGGUAUAUGUUGAGAAGGGUAGGGAGAAGAGGUUGUCAUCAAUUCAACAACAUCACCAUCAUUAUCAUAUCUAUCAUCACAAGGUUACACAAGAAGUAGUUGAUGGGUCAACUAGUAGUAGUAGCAAUAAAGGAUAUGAUAGAAGAUCAAGCUUGCUUAUGUACUCUCGUCACCUACGAAAUUCUGCAAGAGGAGGAGCAUCGUCCAUGCCCUUACUCCCCAAGUAUUCUACAAACAACAAUCUACAAUCCUCAACAAAGAUGAAUUCUUUCGAGAAGAAGCAAAAGCAUGGAGGAACACCAGUUUGCUUUGGCAAUUGGAAGCUUGUAAUUCCAAGCAUCUUAAGGUCAUGGUCAAAUGAUCAAAAAAAGGAGAAAAAGAAGAAGCAAGUGAAUUCAGGAAAUGGAUUUAAAAAAUUGCAGGUAGUUAGAGGAAAAGGUUUCAUUCAGAAAAUAUUUUCAACAACAUGCAAGUGUGCUUGAAGUUCAAUUUUUCGGUGGCUUUCCACCUGUCUCAAGGGUGUAAUGUCUAGAAUCUCGAUUUAAGCAAGAAUUGUUAAGAUUAGUAAUGCAUAUAGAGAAGAAAAGGAGAACUUAAAGGAAAAAGCUUUUUAUUUUUAUUUUAUUGCAAUAAUAAUAAAAAUAGGAAAUAAAGAUUUAUGAGUAUAAAUUUAUGUGCAAUAAGUAAACUAUCCUUAAAUAGAGCAAAUAAAUAGUAGCACAAAAAUCUAACAAGAAUAUGCUAUAAUGUAGUUAGGUUUAUGUUCUUGUCUUAUAUUCAUUCUGAUUAUUGACAAGUUCCUUCAUGUACUUGGUUCGUUUAUGAGUUGCAAAAGCUAUGAAUUUUAUUAGUGUACGAAUAUACGUGCCUCCCAUUCUUUUUGUUGGUUUAAGCUUUACGUAUGCAAACC